ACCAGGGGAGGUUAUGCUGCGUCGUAGAUGCUGGCAUUUUACCGCUCCACGUUGUCUUCACGGAGUUCUCGUACGCUUCGUGGCAUUCGGCGUUUGAAUUGCACGUGUUUUAGCAAACUUCAAAAUGGAGCAAGAAAAAAGUAAGAAGAAGGAUAAGAAGAAGACGAUUGGCGAGCUGCAGUUGGAAGCGAAGUGCGAGAUCGAACCCUCCAAAAUGGAGGUGAAGCUCAAGUGUGAAAACUGGCCAUUGCUGUUUAAGAAUGUUGACAAGAUGUGUACACGCACGAAUCACUAUACCCCGUUGUCAAGCGGCUCUACACCGCUACAUCGUAGCUUGUCCGAGUAUAUAAAGUCAGGUUGCAUCAAUUUGGACAAGCCGUGCAAUCCCUCGUCGCACGAGGUAGUGGCUUGGAUAAAGAAGAUCCUGAAGGUAGAGAAGACCGGCCACUCCGGCACGUUGGAUCCCAAGGUGUCGGGGGUCCUGAUAGUCUGCAUAGACAAGGCGACGAGACUGGCCAAGUCCCAGCAGUCCGCCGGGAAGGAAUACGUUGCUGUGUUUAAGCUUCAUUCCGCCCCGGAAAGUAUACAGAAGGUGAAACAAGCAUUGGAAAAAUUGCGCGGUGCUCUAUUUCAAAGGCCGCCGCUGAUAUCAGCGGUCAAAAGACAACUCCGCGUUAGGACAGUUUACGACAGUUGGUUCCUUGAUUACGACCAGGAACGCAAUAUGGGAGUAUUCCGCGUUAGCUGUGAAGCUGGCUCCUAUAUUAGAACUAUGUGUGUCCAUCUCGGGCUCUUCUUAGGUACCGGUUGUCACAUGCAAGAACUUCGAAGAAGUCGUUCCGGCGUUCAGGCCGAAAAGGAUGGUAUGGUUACCAUGCAUGAUAUUCUCGACGCCCAGUGGAUGUAUGAAAAUCACGGGGACGAAUCGUAUCUAAGAAGAGUUAUAAAGCCGCUGGAAUCUUUGCUAGUGGGUCACAAAAGAAUCAUCAUAAAGGACAGCGCCGUGAAUGCAAUUUGUUAUGGAGCUAAAAUAAUGCUACCGGGCGUUUUGAUGUAUGACCAAGACAUAGAGUGUAAUAAGGAAAUUGUAAUAGUGACUACUAAGGGCGAAGCCGUGGCACUUGCCAUAGCUUUGAUGUCUUCUUCAACCAUGGCUACCUGUGAUCAUGGAGUAGUUGCGAAACUUAAAAGAGUUAUCAUGGAGAGAGAUUCGUAUCCGAGGAAGUGGGGCUUGGGACCCAAAGCAUCGCAAAAGAAACGUAUGAUAGUUGAAGGGAUGUUAGAUAAACAUGGAAAACCUAAUGAAAACACACCUGCUGAAUGGUUACAUGGUUACAAAGACUAUGCCGAAUUGUCAACGACAACGGCAUCACCAACGACAUCCGCAGCAGCAUUAACAACAGCAUCAACAACGACGGAAAAGAAUGGUGACAUAACCAUUGGCAAAAAAAGGAAAAGAGAAGAAGACGCGAGUACGGUAGUAGAAAAAACAGCGGAUAAUUCAGAAACAUCACCGAAAGAUAAAAAGAAGAAAAAAGAGAAAAAGAAAAAGAAGGAGAAACAUGACACGGAAGGCGAAGAAGCUGCCACUGCAAUGGAAGAACCUGCCACUGCAGUGGAAGAAGCUGUCAGUGGGGAAUCCGCAGGAAAAGAAGAGAAAAAGAAAAAGAAGAAGAAGAAGAAGGACAAAGAUCAAGAACCUACCUCGAGUUAGAUUUAUAAAAACUUAUUGAAUUUUUUUAUUGAAUUAUAUUAUUUCUAGAUUAUAUUAAGACAAUUUUGUAUAUUAUACAAUAAACAGUUUUAUUCCGAGAACAUAAACAAAUACAAAAUAUCUGCGAGAUUCUUUCUUUUACAGUUUCUGAUGUUUCUCUUACGUUAUUCUUCAUAUAAAUCUUCUCAGAUGCGAAUGUACAAGUCUAAAGUUUAGAGUUUAGAGUCUAAACUAGUAUUCUCUAAUUUGUAUUCUGAUUUUUCUUAAGAUUAAGUUGAAAGAAUUUAUUGUACAUAUAUUUUUUUUAUUUUUUUUAUCGUAAAGGAAUCAUGCAUACCUAUUUAUAUGCAUUUUGGUUUUUCUCCACGAUAUAUGAACCUACAUAAAUCAUGUAUAUAAUUUGAUAUAGAUUAUAAUUGCACACAGAUGUCUGAGUAUCAAUAAUAAUUUAUUAU